CCGUUAUUUCAGGAAGUGUUUGUGUUGGUGCCAGAGUGCAGCACCAGCGGUCUACAUCACCUACAUCACCUACAUUACUGUAUAACGCGGACUCAGUGAAGGUGUAAACAUGUCCGGGGGAACCCGUUUGGAGAACGCAAACCCUGUGAUCUUCCAGCGGUCCGGGGAGAGGCUGCUGACAGCGACCGACGAGGAUGAAGACGUCCACGACCCCAUCGACGACAGAGAAAUCUUCGAUCUGAUCAGAUCCAUCAACGAUCCAGAGCAUCCCCUGUCUCUGGAGGAACUCAAUGUCGUGGAGCAAGUCCGUGUCAAGGUUAGUGAUGCAGAGAGCACUGUGGGUAUUGAGUUCACACCCACCAUCCCCCACUGCAGCAUGGCAACACUCAUCGGUCUGUCAAUCAAAGUCAAGCUGCUACGCUCCCUGCCAGACCGGUUCAAAAUUGAUGUCCACAUCACUCCUGGGACUCACGCCUCAGAGGAAGCAGUGAACAAACAGCUAGCAGACAAAGAGCGAGUGGCAGCAGCCCUGGAGAACUCCUCGCUGCUGGAGGUGGUCAACCAGUGCCUUUCCACCAGGAGCAUCUGAGCAGCCAAUCAGCUUCUUCUGCUUUCAGCCACUUAUUAUUGCAGCAGCACUCUCUGACGAGCCAAUCAUGUUUGGCUCUUUCUUUGAUGACUCUAUCCAUCCAUUGUUAAUCCAGGUGUGAAAACUGCCAUUGGUGGAAAUUGAUGCAGCAAAACUAAGUCAGAAUCAUAGGUCAGAGUUCAUACAGCCUGCUCCAGUGUUACCUGGAGAAAGGUACAGAGAAACCCAGUCGUAAUGCAGAAUAGUUUGGACAAAGCAGAGAAAUUAUACUUCUGUCUGGCAUUCAAUGAAGUUCCUGUUUUAUAUUUUUAAAUCUGCAGCAGUCUGAAAUCCUCACCUGUAUAUAAUAUUCAUUCUUUUGACAUUUUAUUAAAAGUGUACAGAUCAGUAGUUAAAAUUAAAUAAUGAAAAUAUU